AUGCCCACUCUCACCAAUUGGAAUGAUGAAGUUCAGUUUGACGUACCCAAUGACCAGUUCAAGAAGCCAGAGCAGAUUUCGGACGUCCAGGCCAUCGUCAAACAGGCCUUUGAACAAGAUCAGCACGUAACCGUCAUCGGGGCCAUGCAUUCGACAACCGCAUGCAUGGCAGGCACCGGCAUCGUCAUUUCCAUGGAGAAGAUGGACAGUAUCCUCUCCGUGGAUAAGAAUGGGUUGACGGCCACAGUGCAGGCGGGUGUAAGCUUCCGCCAGCUGUGCUCACACCUCAAAGAACUUGGCCUACAACCUUCUGUCCUACUGGAGUGGGGAAACUUCCGUAUCGGCGCCAUAAGCGGAACGCAGGCCAACGACACAUCCAUGAAGCGUUCAGCGCAGUUCUCAUCGUACGUUCAAGGUGUAAAGCUAGUGACGCCAACCGGCGAAGUCAUGGAGAUCUCGGAGACCACAAAUUCUCAAAACCUGGCUGCUAUUCGCUCCCACAAUGGCCUCUUUGGUGUAGUCUGCGAGGUCACAUUGCGCAUUCUCGAGACCCGACCUCUACAGGUCAACUUCCAGGUCACGAACGUCGACUCGUUUCUCGACGACUUCACGGAGCAAGUAAAGGGCCUGAAGUCAGACAAUGACCAGGUGUUCGGGAUGCUUUUCCCUACCACCGGCGAACUGCUCUUCCAGCGCCGGAAGUUUGUGGAACCGGGAACACCACAUGGCUGGCUCGAUCCCAUUGAGAGCAAGGGCAUCAGUUUGUACGGUGGCUUGUUCCUGCCCUUGGUAAAGGCGCUGACUGCACUACGCCCCUCGGCCGCCGUUGCGCAGCUGCUGCACGCCGCACUUAUCCACUUCCCGCUGAAAAUCAUCCGCCAUACUUCCUACAUCAUGGACCCGUGCGAUCGCGGUAUAAUCUGGAGCGAAGAUGAUCCAAACUUCGAAUUCUACGACUGGGCGUUCCCCGAGGAGAAAUGGCCCGACAUAAUGCGGGCGUAUCUGCAGCUGAGCCAACGCUUUCAGCGCGAGCGCAAUUACAUUCAGCCUCUGCCUUGCGCGAUCUACUUUAUCAAGCAAGACGAGUCAUCCCUUCUGUCGCGAUCGCGUACCGCCAAUAUGAUGACGGUUGACCCUGAAUACCCCGACCCGACCGAUCCCACCUGGCGAGAGUUUCGUUUUGCGUUCAACGAGAUUGCUGUGCUUUACGGCGGCAUUCCUCACAUCAACAAGACACGCGAUGGUGCCAUCAAUCAUUUGGCAAAAGCUAUUGAUCCCGAUGUCAUCCGACAGUAUCUUGAGCUGCGUAAACAGUUCGACCCUAAGGAUCUUUUCUUGAACGAUUACUUCAAGACUAUGUUCUCUGGCUUCCUGUAAGCUACACAGGCUUGCACAUAAGGUUAUCUUGGAGCUAUGUAACAGGCUAUAAUACCGCUCCGUAUUCUUUCACAUCGUUCUUUGAUUCAAGGUGUAGGUGCAAUAUGUACGUCACGGCAGGGGGGUUUAAGUAGUUAUCAGGAACGAAAUUGAAG